ACAUAACCCCGUUGAUCAAAGCAAUCCCCCAGCUGCUCCAAGCCAGUUCCUGUGGCUCGUGGUGGAAUUCACUCAGCGGCUCCGGAGCUGGUAAAUAUAAAACGUCUGGUCCUCGGGUGGGAGCUGCAUCCUGGAAAAGGCUGCUGAAAACUGCUCCCUCUGCCAGUGCUAAGCCAGGCGCUAUGGAAUCGGGAACAGUCCCAACAGAAGACCCCAGAGACCUGAGAGCCUGCCCCGAAGUCAGGGGCCUGGAGACGGACCUGGAGACUAGCUCAGGUGGAAAGCCUGCCCGCCAUCAGAAGGCCAUCCCCAAAGCUCACCUAACUUUCAUUAUCGACUGUACUCGUGGGAAACAGAUCUCCCUGGCAGCACCCCCAGGGCCACCCCGCGUCCCUAGUCCCAACCUAGGACCUGUCAUCCCUCCAAUGAAGACUUACAUCUUGUUAUGUGGGGAAAACCUGUCCCCCCAUGUAAUUCAGGAGGCUCCCCUAGGUGGGGGAGGGCUUGCCCAGACCAGGGGCCCCCUGCCACCCCGCAGAGAGACUACGGCCCCAGAUUCCUCCCCAGCCAGCCCACUCUACCUCCAGGGGGCUCCUGAAGCCAAGGGGCCCCCUGUGAAGGCUGUGUCCUCGAGGUCUUCAGCUUGGGGAACGGUCAUAGUCUCGCUCAAAGCCCUCUCCUCCUGUGUCUGUGCGCAGGCUGAUUAACUGGGAGAGCCUGACCAAGGGAGGACAGGGCUGGCAACCCAAGCUCCCGAGUUCAGCGGAUGCAGCUCCCAGGGUUCACCCCCUCUUCCCCAGCCAAGCAGAAGUCUUUUGUGCCUGAGCCAGGGAAGAAGCAUUAGAUCCCUAAAGGACAUCUGAAACAGCCACGGGUAUCCUACUUCUCCAUCCUCUCCAUCUUUGUUCGCCUUUCAGCGGAAGCGGGAUAACGCGACGCCACAUAGAAAGAGACUAAUUCACUAACACAGCAAAUUCUGGAGGAGCAUCUCCCACGUGCCAGGCCCUGCAAAGUGCUAAAGAAGAUACUACAGCUUUCUUGGAGCUUGUACUCUUCGGGGUGGGGAAGAAAGGUUAAACAACCUAAUAAAGAGGAUUUUGAACAGUGUAAUGAGUGCUGUGCAGAAACUGAAACAGGGUGCUGGGAUGGAAAAUGAUGGGGCAAAGAGCUUUUUUGAUACAGUGAUUGGGAAAGGCCUCUCUGAGUGGGUAACAAAGUAUGAUCUAAAAGAUGAGAGGGAGCCAGCACUGCAAACCAUCCUCCCUAGGGUCACCUGGUUGGCACCUCAUCCCAGAGCAGGAGUCAGAACCUCCCAGCACAAUGGGCAGGGUUAGCACAUUGCCUGCUGUCAGCUCACGUGUAGGUCGCUAGGGAUGACCCGGAGGGCACAGGACUCAGGAUGGGAGAAUCAAGGGCCCAGGUGGGAUGGGAAGUAAGGGGAACUGGCUUCUCAAGAGGGGGCAGAAGUGCUCAGAAAGGGAACGGAGUAUCAUGUUUGAAUGAAUGAAAAUAAGAGAUAUUAUUUAUUGAGCUGCAUACCAGGCUUAUACUGCCCUCUAGGGAUACAGAAAAGGGGGCUGGGGGCUUUGUCCCUACCCCGCAGGGCAGUCCUGUCCUCAGCAGGAAGUGGGAGUUGCUGUGAGGGGAGGUGUAGGUCUAAGAGAUGCACAGAGCUGUGUGAGAUUCAUCUGAGGAAGAGUGUCUCAAGGCUCUUGGAUUAAAAUUGCUGAAUGUUCAUUUAUUCAGUGACGGUUUUACUAGGUUCCUACAAACACUAGUAGCUAACAUGUACUGACCAUUUGGUCUGUGCCAGGGAAGUGACAUUCUCCAAGUGUAAGUACCAGGAAGCACUGUUUUGUACCCAUUUCACAGAUUAGAGAAUCGAGGCACAGAGAGGUUGAGGAAUGCACUCAAGGUCCCAUAGACUUGUGCAGUUGGGAUUCAAACCCAAGCCAGCCUGGUGCUCAAUUUCUUGCCCUUAACCGUAGAGCA